AUGACUCCUGCUUGUGCAAUCCUACCCAUAAUUCAUUUCCAGCGUCAAUCCAAGAUGGAGUACAUGGAAGCAGUUCCGAGUUCAGAAACGCAAACAAGGUACUACAAGUGAAUUCUUGCCUUCAAAUGAUUUCCUUUUCUUAUCUUUUCAUUUUUUAUUUAACAAGUCUCACUUUCAUUCGUUUUCUUUCCCUUGUCUUUUCAGUUUGUGUUGCCAAUGUGGUGUUUUAACCACUCCAAAUCCAUCCAACAUGUGCGUCGGAUGUCUUCGGACCCAAGUUGAUAUCACCAAGGGAAUUCCCAAACAAAGUAAUUUGAAUUUCUGCAAAUCAUGUGAAAGGUACGAUACAGAUAUAUUUGUUGUUUUCGAAAUAAAUUUGGUGGAACAGAUUUGAGAGAAACACAAUAGUACCCUCUAAACCAUCCGCUUUACCUUAAAACUAGAAACUUUAAUUUGCCUAUGAUCUACGAUUGCUGCAAAAAAUCAACCAGGGUAGCAAUUGCACCUGCAAAGCAGCCUUGACAUGUGAACGAAAGUCUCUCAAAGCAAAUCAUGUUAUUGUCCAUGACUGAUAAUUCUUGUUCCAAUGUAAACACUAGUCACGUGGCGUGGACUAUUUUUGUAGCAAUCAGGGUGAUUGCUACAAUCAUAUGGAAAUUAGCCUUUGCUAGUUGCCUAAAGGUCAUCUUUCCUACAGUUAAGCUGCCCAAACCCCGGUGUAUUUGUGCUUAGUUACACUCCAUGAAGAAGCCUGGAAAUCUUCUGUUAGCCCCCCUGAGGGGUGGGGGAUGGGGAGAAGGGUGGUUAUUAUUUCAAGCAUGUUUGACCUAACAUUUGACUGAAGAACUCCAACUUUUCCCAGGGCGAGGGUAUUAAAAAUUUGAAAAGAAAUCUCCAAAGUGGCAAUAAUGAAUAAGGCAGAAAUAAUAAAAAAAAUCACCCACCCUUUCUCUUUUUUUAUUGAAAUCUGUAUGAUGUUUUUUUUUACUUGGCUGUAUGAGUACCUUGUGAUAACAUUCCAUGAUUUCAUUGAUAACUGCAGUUGACCCAAAGCUAGACUCCAGCUGAGAGGAAGAUGAUCAUAAUAAUGAAGAAAAAAAUGAUUUAUUUAAAAGUGGAGUGAUUUUUGAAGGGGGUGCUUAGAGCAGCUGCUACUAAAAUACAAUGUUAUCUAUAGUUUAGUAUUACAUACAUACAUACAACCUUUCUUCAUAUACAAUGAAAGUCAAAGCUUUCAGCUUGUGGGGUCGUGUAAUAAAAGGAUUGAGCUUUACAGGUAAACCAUACUAACUUGGUCUCAAUCAUUUUUUGUUUUAAACUCAGGUAUCUUCAGCCACCAAGUCAAUGGGUAGCAUGUGCACUGGAAUCCAGAGAGCUUCUGGCUCUGUGUUUAAAAAAGCUGAAAGGAUUGAAUAAGGUGUUAUUUAUUAUGCCAUGUUGGUCACAUGUUGAUGGCAGAAUCCGUGUCAGUCUUGCUUAUAAUAAUUAUUUACCUAAACCAAACAGAAUGUGUCCUUUAAAAGUAAUGAUUGUUCAUUUUGAAAUGCUCCUUGUUUAUUUCUCUUGUUAUAAAAUUAUGGUUUCCUUUGCUUUUAGGAAUUUGAUUACCGCUAUAUCAAUCUUUCUAGAAAUAUCUUGUAGUUUUUUGUGCUCAUGUCAUGGUACAGACUUUUCCGCAUGGAAAUGCGUAAGGCAUACAAGCAAAUCUUUUUAGUUAAUGCCCUAAGCAUAAUGCGUGUUUACUUUAUUAUACGAGAUGAUACACAGCAAAGGCGAAAUUCAUAACCCUGCUAACAUUGGAGUUGUUAUCAUAGGAUAUCUGCUGCUAGAGUCGUUAUUUUUUGCUACCCUUCGGUGUGUGUCGUCAGACAAAUUCGAACCCAUCAAUACUGCUACCGAGAACUAUUUUCGAAACCGCAAUGAGGCUACAAACAUCGUCACUAUUGAACUCUAAGGAUUUGUCAUUAAAUCUGUCUUAAAUUAUCAUGUAGAGUUUGAAUCAUCCAGUGCCAUGCACUGCGUUACCUCUGUAAGUUGUUGAGAUUUGAGUAUUCACAAACUCUAGAGUCUCAGAAAUUACAAAGAUUUUCAGUUUUCUGCAUGCUCUGGUGAUUGAUCAGAGCACUGACCUAUCAAUAGUGCUGUCAACAAACUGACUGCGUGUUACUCAUAUUGUAGGUUCGCCUUGUUGAUGCUGGAUUUAUUUGGACAGAACCUCAUUCAAAGAGAAUCAAAGUGAAAUUAACCAUUCAAAAAGAGGUUUGUUAUUUCCUGUUCUGCUUUUUAUCUGUUAAGUUAUUGUGUUGAUUUUGUGUUUAAAAAUUGUUUUUUCUUCUUCCCUCUUCUUUAAAAUUUUUGGCCUGUACAUCUACCCUUGUAUAAAAUUUGAUUUGAGAGGGAAAAAUAGGCUUCAUCCAUUCAUACCUUACAACUACAAACUUUUAGCUCACUAGUAAUAAUGAAAAUUAACUUUCAUUGUUGUAGGUGGUAAAUUCAACAAUAUUACAGCAAGUUUUUGUGGUGGAAUUUGUUGUACAAAAUCAGAUGUGUGAUGCCUGUCAUCGCCAGGCAGCCCAAGAUUAUUGGAAGGCAGUUGUGCAAGUCAGACAAAAGGUACAAAAAACUUGGUACAGUUCUACCUUUUUUGAAUGUGUGUAAGCUUCUGUCAUGGUUGAGAUCUGGUUCAAAACGGCCUCGUCUUUCAUUUUAUUUUUGUGGAGAUGGAAUGUCAUUAAAACUGGCCUGCAAUAGUUGUAUACAAACAAGUGAAGCUUCUUUUUGAGAUAAAAUGUUGAUUAUCAAGGUACUUAGAAAAACUGUGGUGGUACACUUUUGUGAUCAGUCUCAAAUCAGCAUUGUCUCCAGUUUAACUUUGCCUAAAUUGCAUUCAGCCACAUUAAAAAGCUUAACCAACUGGCUUUUUCUCUCUGGAAGGUUGUCAUUGUUCCAGUGUACAAUUUUUGCAGCAAAUUUACAUCCUUUAUUUAGGUUUAAUGUUUAAAUUUUUUGUUUCAGACAUCCCAUAAAAAGACUUUCUUCUAUCUUGAACAGCUUAUUUUAAAACACAGUGCGCACCAAAACACUGUUAAAAUCAAACAGGAAUCAGGUAAUUUUAUUGACUGAUAUUAUCUUAAAUAGUUCUAAAUUAUUAUCAAGAGAUAUGACGGAAUUCUUGCAAGGAGGUAAUAAGGUGAAGUAGUUAUUGUAUUGCACUUGCAAUUAAUCCAGAGGUUUCAGUUUUAAAUCCUACUUUGACCACCUGUUGGAUUCCCUGAGGAAUUUGAGGUCAACUCCUUAGUGACUUGUACCAACUGGCAUGGUAUAAUAUGCUGCCUGUAAUGAUACAUGUCUUUAUAAUGAAUUAUAACCGAUAAAGCAGAAUAUAUUGUGAUAAAUUAUUGUUUAAAGCCACCACCAAUAGAUGGGUGUAGAUGUAGGGAAGGUGCCAGGUCAAGUGGACGGAGCUGCAAGGUAACGCAACCAUGACAAUCCUGUGAGCAGCAACCACAAGGCAAAGUCACACUGGUAACCUCAGUGGAGAGUGUUGCAGAUUGAUAUUUAGAGCGUUGGGAGGGCUGAGAGCACAAAUUGCUCAAGUGACUGCAUGCAAACAGCAACGUGAAGGAAAUGAUUGAUCUAACUGAAAGCGCUGAAAAAAUUACCAGAGCCCUGCAAAUGCCUUAAGACUGUCCCAGAUAUGAUCAGUGAUGGAGACUGCUGGUCAGCAGAUUGUGUCUUGUGUUUAACUUCACCUGAACUACCUACAUUUAGCCACCUCACAAUAUUUGAUUGUUCCUGUAGAUGGUGUGGAUUUUUUCUACGCAUCCAGAGCUGAUGCUCGCAAGUUUGUUGAAUUCCUUCAGUCAGUAGUCCCCUGUAGGUAAGUUGAGAGCUCAAAGGAUCCCAGCCUUUAAUCCAGGCCAAGUAUAUUUUUUUGUUAGACCAAUAACCUUUCAUUGGCAACUUAGACAAGGAAGCAACAGACCUGGGCUAGAACCAAGUGCAAAAAUGUUGAGACACUCCAAUGAAAAACUGGCCUUUUUACUUCAAAUCUCUGCUAGUCACUCUACUGUGCAAUGUAAUACUCACCUCCCUCCUACCCUCCAUUCAAAGUUGUUCCUCCAUAUUUUGAGCAUGGUCUUGUAUUGCUUGAGUCUUUGAUAAGGGGAGGAGGGGAGAUCAUGGGCAGGCCAUUUAAGCCAAAAUAAGGUAGAGUGUCUCAAAUACUUUUGCAACUGGUUGUAGCAAAGUUUGUGUGGAAAAAGCUGAAAUUCAAUUUUUAUUUUCAAGCCCUGAAGUACAGCUGUAGUCUGCGAGUAAACAAGCAUCUUUGGAGAGCUUGCUCGCAGACCCUGAAGCCCUGAAGAUGGCAUGUGCGGUCUGUCUAGUACUCUUUAUUGGAUAACAAAAAGAAGCUGUUUCGUUCACACACUUUAGCUGACAAUAAAAUAAUAUUGUGUGGGUUUGAGUCAUGACUUACAUGUAAGAUACAUCACAGAUUGAACUCGUUGAAUCAAAACCUAUUUAAGGUAUUAUAUAAAGCCCUUUUUGAUACCUUGACUUAAGUGUUUAUGCUUUUUUAGAUCAGUGUUGGUAGCACUAUCACCUCUUUCCAUACACCUCCAGCCUAUUUAUAAUGAUGGGUACCAUUUUUUUAGGUGGCACCUCAAUGUAGAGUCUCUCUUCCAUCCUGCACCUGUGCCCGCCACAAACACAUCCCUUAUCCCUCUCAUAUGAACAAAUAAACAUUCUAAUUGUGUGAAAUAAUUUUUGUUUCUUAUUUGUUGUCAGGUAUAAGACAUCUGAGAAACUUAUAUCACAUGAUGUACACAACAAUACAUAUAACUACAAAUACACUUUCUCUGUGGAAAUUGUUCCUGUCUGCAGGGUUGGUUAACUCUUUAUUAAUUUUAUCACAAUGUAAUUACUCAACCUUUGAUUAUUGACUUACAUUGUUAACUCUUAUUAUGACUUUCAGGAAGAAAUUAUUUGUCUCCCUUUGAAAGUGUCAAGAUCAUUGGGAAAUAUCAGGUAAUGUUUCAUGGUAAAUCAAUAUAUUUGCUUAAUCUGAGGGAAAAAGUGUAUACAGUGUAGUUAUUUAAAAGAGUUUGUAAAAGGUUUGAACCCAGGAGUCAUUUCAUAAGUAGGUUGAGCAUGAUCGUCUGGGUGAACGUAGUCCUGAAUAGGACUGUUGUUGUUAACAGUGACUGAUGUUUCGACAACCUGUGCGGUAGUCAUCUUCAGAGUCAAAGUGAGUUGUAUCACAUCCGUUGAUUUUAUGAAACUCUGGUUAUUGACCUGAUUGGUCAAUUAAGUCAUGAAUCAUGUUACUGGUUGUCUGUCAGUUAAGACGUGAUGUUAUUGGUUCUGAAGACUCGUAAUGCCAUUGGUGCAUUUCAAUCCUUCUGUUUUCACAGUAAAACAGUCAUUUAUUGUUAGUCAAAUUUUCAGUUCUCUCAUAGUUAGUUUUGCUUGAUGAUCAAACUUUUCGUUCCAAGACUGAAAUUGUGGAAAGAUGAUUGAUCAUUCUGAAUUGAGCAUCUGUGGAUGAAACCCUGUGGUGUUAUCAUUCAUUAUUGAAACCUCUGUGAUAAAAAUUUAAAGCACAUUGCUGUUUAUAAAUAAUAUGUUAGAAUUGAACAAAAUGAAAAUUUGCAAUUUUUGGCAAAGUUUUGUUAAUUAUUACUGUGACCCUGUGAGACAUGAAAGGGUUGCAUUAGUGGUCUGUACAGUAUACUCUGGUUUUAAUGCUAGAGUUCUCCUUUUUGAUGUUCUUUUUAGCCAAAUUGUUAUCUGUAACCGAGUCAACACAAGUCUACAGUUAAUUGAUCCAGUAACGUUACAAAGUAAGUUAUCAUUUAUGAUUAAUUUUUAUCGGGCCAGUAGAAUUUGAUUGUGUUAAAAAUUAAAGGACAGACAAUUAUUUUUACAGUCUUCAAAAUUCUCUAUUGAAAAAGUCAUCAGCAGACACAUAAUGUAUGAUCUGAAUCAGGUUAGUCUUUUAUUCAGACAAACAUUGAGAAAGAUUGUUGGCCAUCCAUUUCAUUGACUUUGAGUUUCUUUUACAAGCCCUAGGAUUUCAAAUCCCACGGAUAACAAUUUUUGAGUUCGCUGCCCAGAGAUCAUGGGAAACCAUCUGUAACAAUUUUUUUGUUCCAUGAAAAUUCAUGGGAACCUACUUUUAUUUAUUUUAAUGUACAGAAACGUGUUGUUAAAAUAUACUUUGGAAUUAAAGAACAUCAGUGUGUACUAUUAUUACAAUUAAACAUUCGAUGUCUAUUAAAAUGGAGAAGAAGGUCAAUAAAAUUUGUGUGCACUAAAGUGUCAAAAAAAAUUUGUGUGCACUAAAGUGUCAAAAACUCCAGACUCCUCUUCAAUCGAACUAAAGAAAUAGGUACACUCACUUGAAAUGUUCGCUACAGAUCUUGUCUUUUCAUAAAGAGGUUUGGACCUCAUCAUCAGUUUCAACAGUGAAAUUGUCAAUAGUCAGACAUUAUACGAUGACAGACUGUUAUUAUUUUGAAGCUUGGGCUAUACUAAUCUUCUUUGUUUCCUGCAGUGUCAAAAAGUUAUUUUGAUAUUUCAAUCAAUUCUGUGCACUUUUAGUGACCUCUAACUUGUCUAAAAUAGCACUUACUGUAAGGUGGAUAUGUUCACUAAUGAUAUUAAGCCAAUGCUGCAGUUCAUGGAAAAAUGUUUUAUAAAAUUGAUGUCAUUUUCUUUUGUUCUCAUUUCAGCGGCAGACAUAACAGCACCAAACUUCUGGCGUUUUCCAUUUAAAAGUCUGUGUACAUAUAAACAGCUGACAGAGUUUAUGGUUCUACAAAUUGAACCGGUUGAAUCACAAAACCCUAAAGCAUCCAGCAGCAACCUCAGUCAAAGGGUAUAGUAAUAUUACAAUAAAAACUGUUACCAGAAAGCUCUCAGAAACCCUUGUUUCUAUUGGCCCUUUAAACCAUGCCUGCUAUUGUCAUUAGUGAUAAGGACAUGAAUGGGUCAUUCAUCCGUUAUUUGUUAGCCAUGUAAACAACUCAUUCUUAUAGCUUUGUGGCAACUCUAUGUGUAGUUCUACAAAUGUAUGUUAAUAGUCUGUGCACAUGUACUUUUUAGGUACAUUAUUUUUUCUUUUGCUUCUCAUAAUGGCGCUUUUCAUGGGUAUUUUUAAACCCUGUAAUUCCUUUCAUAAAAAUUCAUAAAAAAAUUCAAACUUCUGUGGGUGAAAUCGUAAAGAUAAGAGUAGGACUCAAGCAUUUGUGUUGUCUACUAAGGGUGAAAGAGGUCCAAGGGUAAAAGAGUUAAAAUCUUUGCUUUUCCUAUCUGUAGCCAUUCCCUCCCCAUGAAAAGAAUAGAAACUGUUACCUAUAAUUUUCUUCCUUUUGGUGGAUUAUGUGGGCAUACAUGUGGAUCAUUUUUUGUUGGUCUUUGAUUCAGGACUUAUUGGCUUUGGCAAGUUCUGGAUAAUGAAAAGACUGUUGCUUUACCAAAUUUUAUCAUGACUUGAGGGCUGUAAUUGUAAUAAUCUUAAAUACAGAUCAAUACAUCAAAAAAUCACACUUUCUGACCUGUAACUAGUAAUCUUGAAACUUUCCUUCAGGACAUAGAACACUAAAAAUUGGCUAUUAAACUGCCACAAAUGCAUUUUAAGUGUACUGUAGUUUAAAGAGAAUCGAGAGAUCAGACUCAACCUACCAGGUUAAUGAAAUUGACAUGUCACAAGCAUUUUAAUUAUAUUACAUGUCACAAGCAUUUAAAGAGUGGCUGUAUUAAUGGGGUGAAAUUAUAACAGAUUCUACUUUUUGAGAUUUUUAAAUGUAGCGGUUGGCCAUAUUAAUGGAUGACCGCAUUAAUGGGGGUUUUCAAUAUGAAAAUGUAUGGCCAUUUUGCCGGGCCAUAAGAAAGUGGGUGCUAUAUUGAGGUGACCAUAUUGCUGAUGUGGCCUUAAGGCUAAAUAUAUACUGGAAAUGUUAUAGGAUCUCCUUUUGUUGUUCUUGGGUUGUUGAUUUGAACUACAGUCAACUCCCAAUAACUUGAACCUUCUAGGGAAAUCAAAACAAGUUUGAGUCAUCGAGUUCAAGUUAUCGGGAGUUCAAAGCAAAUAACUGGGAAUAUGCAAAUAACCAAAUUGUUGGAGAGGGAAUGCAACUACUAUGCACCCUUCGCUUCAAGGGUGGCAAAAGAUAUAGAUUAGUAUUUUAAGAAAGGAAUUACGAGAUGGACACUGAAUUUGAACUGGAUUGACAGAAAAGUAAAAGCAAAGAAUUGACAGGAAGGAUUCUUGUUUUGAUUGUUUUUUCAUUUUGUUUUGUCAAUGUUCUGGAUUUCAGUUCAGUGUUUAUUUUUUCAACUUGUCACGGGUUAUUGAGGGUAGAAUUAUAUAUAUAGAAAUGAUCUGAAGGGAAACAAAAACAUUGUAGGAUCCCCUUUUAUGUUGUUCUUCAAGUUAGCAGGAGGUUCGAGUUGUUGAGGGUUCAACUUACUUAGGGUAAAAUUACAGUAAGUGUAUGAAGGACAUCCAGGGGAAAUUGACUUUAGUUCAAGUUAGUGCGAGGUUCGAGUUAGUGAGGAUUUGAGUUAUCAGGAGUCAACUGUACUAUGUUUGUUUUCUUACCUAUUUUCAGCAUGUACUGGCAGAUGCAUGGGUUGCGCGUAUGCAGGAUCUUGGUGUAAAUGACACACAGUAUCACUGCCGUACACACUUGGGUCACUUACUGAAGACUGGAGAUACUGCACUAGGGUAUGAACUACCUUGCAGUUAAUGCUGGGUAACAUCACCCCUCCAUACCCUACAGAGUAUAAACCUGUUCACAACAAGGUUUGAUUACUUCCCCUGUUCCUUACCCCUUACCCCACGGAGUUUAAACAACCCUCCAUACCCUCCUUAUCCAACAGGAUGGUCCCCUUAUAUCCAGCCUUCAUUCGUGGUUGGUUUUCAAGCAAUUCACUCCUUUUAGUGGCCAACGGAAGGAUUCACCAAAAAAACUAAGUUUCUUUUCGUAAAAUCCCAAGAAAUAGAUAAUGCCAUACAAAAGUUCUGCUAAAGACAUUUCAUUUGAAAGGUAACAACUUAGGAUUUCAUUCACAAAUUUCAUUGGUUAGACUGUGACAAAAUUCCUAAUCUUGCUGCAGUGUGUUCUGAAAUGAAAAGGUCAACACCCCUUCAUACCACACAGGCAGUAAGCCACUGUCCAGUGUUUAUAGUUCACAAAGUAUGAAUUGUCUUCUAUAUCUUAAUUUCUGGGUGCAGAAGGUCAAUAAUGUGACCGUGAUAGGAGCUUGUUGUCUAAGAACUAUUCCCUGUGCCCUACAAGGUGUAUGUAACCACUCACAUACUUAUAUUAAAUAAUUAUUGGAUGAGGUUUUUGUGAUAACCAGAAUAAUCAAGGUCUGAGAUAACACUUACUGAGAUGAGACACUUACCUCAGGAUAUCACAAAAACUGAAUCUUAUAUUGUUUUAUUAUACACUGUGUUGAAGAAAAUAGGAACAAACACCAUCACAAGGAACCUGAAUUGAUAUUGUUAUUGGAAAUCAUGCAUUGCGCACGCAACCUACAGAUUAGUCAGUAAUCUGCUAGCAGAUAACUGACUCAUCUGUAGGUUGGGCUGUUUUCCAAGAUUUGGUGUAGGCUCUUAGCCAAUGAGAAGACAGACAUUGAGUACAAUGUAUAAUAACACAAGUUACUUGUUAUGUAUAGUCAUAGUGCCCCUCUUUAUUUUGUUUCGUGUGAAUACCCCUUUAUAUUGUCCUUUAGGGUGCAAACACCCCAGCAUGCCCUGAGGCAAUUGCCUCCCUGAAACCGUUCUGGAAAAGGAACCUCUUAUACCAUUAUAUUAUUAAACUCAUCUUUUGUUGUCAUUUUACAUGUAACUGUUUUUUCAGUUUAAACCGCUCAGUUAACUAGUAAAGGUCAUUAAGGAUGGAAAUAUCAUGACAUUUACAUGAAGAGCAUGGAGAAUUAACUUAUUAAUGUUGUUGGAUCUUUCUUUUAGAUAUGAUUUCACCUGUUCAAAUAUGAAUGAUGACAAUUUGAGUAAAAUGAAUGCUGAACGGAUCCCAGACGUGGUAAGUAUUGGUGCUGCAUGGUUUUGUUAACAUACAUUAUAUACUACUCUAAAAUUUAUUGUAAAUACACCUUUGAACAUACAUGUUCAUGUAUCUGAUAUCGGUAUGGUUUUUCCAAAUAAUGGGUUAUCUGUUUUAUCACUGAAUGGUUGCCUUUAGUUAGUCCCAAGUCCAGAGUCAGCAAUGAACAUUCACUGCUUCUUAACAAAUUCAUAUUUCCAGGUUUUGGUCAAGAAAUGUUAUGGUGACAAAAAGAAGCGGCAAAAGAGAAGAAACUGGAAGCUGAAAACUCUUAACAAGGAAGUGGCUGGAAUAGACCAUGACAGUCUUGACAGGUAAAUAUUCGAUUUACAGGGGAACUGUCAAAACUUUUAUACAGUCUGAAAUAGUGGCUUACAUUAAGGCAGCAAUAGGUCUAUUAUGCCUGUUCAUGUAUGAUUGUUUUGUUAUUCCUCUUGACAAAGGCACAGUGUUAGCUCCAAAAGCUUGUGUGUAGUCAACAUUUUUUUUUUCAUUUAAUUCUAGCUCUUUUUAUUAAAUUAUUAACACACUUUUUGAAAUAACUUUUCUUUAAAUUUUAAACCAUAUCUACUGUCACCUGUUGCUAUGGAUGGGUGUGGUAGAAACGGAGGCAUAAAAGUAAAACUGAUGUGCAUCUGUCACUAAGUGGAUUCUCAGUUUUUAGUUUCUUAGACAGAGCAUUAUCAUCAUCGUCAUCACCUUAUUUGCUACAGCAGGUUAUUUUAUGUAUAGGGCAGGUACCCAACGGACCCAACAGACCCAGCUGACCAGUCACUGGUUCACCAGCCCUUAUGUAAUACAUGUUUUUUAUCUCAACCUUCUCAGGGAUUAUGAUGCUUUCCUGGGUGAUCUGGAGGAAGACAAGUCUUACAGACAAAAUAUUAACAUCUAUGUUGGUAUGUCAUUACAUCGACUGUACAUGGAGUUUUUUCCUGUUAGCCCUGUUUUGCCAGGCCUCCUGGGUAGGUUCUAACGACAAGCUUGACCGAUGACCUCACCACCAAACUCGCUGAGGGUCACUGGGAACGAAGCUGUUUAAUGUGAUUUUGUUCUGUUGAGUUUUUUAUCCCUUGUCCUUUUUUUAUUUACGUAAUUUUUUAAAACCGUAAACUGAAAAACGAUUCUGAAUCAUUUUUAUUAUUGAUUCUCUUUCAGACCGUGAUUAUAAAGGCACCCCUGAGAGUGAUGAUGAUACUGAGGCCCCACGGAUAAGUCUCCAGGAGAUGUUAGAGGACCUGCACCUGGAGGCAGCUGAUGGAGCCCCAUCUGACAUGAUGACUGAAUAAUGCACCUAGGCUUAUGCCCCAAUUCCCGGUAAAAUCUUUGGAGGAACCUUAUGGACCCCAUCUGAUAUGAGGACUGAAUAAUGCACUUUGGUUUACGCCACGUUUCCCAGUAAAAACCUUGGACCUACACCUGGAGGUGGUUUAUGGAGCCACAUCUGGCAUAAUGACACCUGAAGGAACCUAAUGGAGCCUUAUCUGAUAUGAUGACUGAAUAAUGCACCUAGGCUUUAUGCCCCAAUUCCUGGUAAAAUCUUUGUAGGAACCUUAUGGAGCCCAUCUGAUAUGAGGACUGAAUAUUUGGUUUAUGCCACAUUUCCCAGUAAAAACCUUGGACCUAACACCUGGAGGUGCUUUAGGGAGCCACAUCUGACGUAAUGACACAUGAAGGAACCUAAUGGAGCCUUAUCUGACAUGAUGACUGAAUAAUGCACCUAGGCUUUAUGCCCCAAUUCCUGAUAAAAACUUUGGGGGAAUUUUAUGGAGUCCAAUCUGAUAUGAGGACUGAACAAUGCUCUUUGGUUUACGCCACGUUUCUCAGUAAAAACCUUGGACCUACACCUGGAGGUGCCUUAGGGAGCCACAUCUGACAUAAUUACACCUGAAGGAACCUAAUGGAGCCUUAUCUGACAUGAUGACCGAAUAAUACACCUAGGCUUAUGCCACAAUACCUGGUAAAAUUUUCCAUCCACACCAGAAGAAACCUGAUGGAGCUCCAUCUCUCAUGACAGAGGAAUAAUGCACCUAAGCUUAUGCCACAAUUCCCAGCAAAAACCUGGGACCUAUAUCUGGCAGAACCUGUUGGAGCUGUAUCCAACUUGAUGACCAAAAUUAAUAAUGCACCUUCUCUUACGUGUAGGUUUUAGACCUACAUGUACAUCUUUAGGAACCUUAUGGACCCACGUUGACAUAACUACGUGCCCGGCACAAGACCAUGUUAUUACCCUAGACAUACACUUGAGGAAACUGAUAGAUCCGCAGUCAGAUGUGAGUGGCUGAAUAAGACACCUGUUGUGAUCUCAAGACCCUGCCACGACCAUUUAUCUAACAGAUUUUAACUAAAGCGCAUAACUGGAAUGACUGCAAAUUUAGCUACAAAAAAACAAACUCCUGUGAUACAAUCAUGUGACUGGCUAGGCUUAGAUGUAAAAAAGCAAAAACUUUUACUUUAAUGAAUUAAUACAGUCCCACUCCGAUUCAGUUUCCACAAUCACAUCAUUCAUUCAGUGUAUCAUUCAUUCAAUGCUGUUUUGCCGCUGACCUUGUUAAUUGCAAGGGUACCAGGAAUAAGUUCAUACUAUGUUUCUUGGAAACUGCCCACCUACCCCUCCCCUAAGCCAGCAUUUUGCCCUAAGUGAG